AUGUUUAAGGUUAUUUGUUUGGUUUUAACCAUUCUAUGUUUAUCUACUUCACUAGUAAGUUCUUUUACUUUUACUCUACAACAAGUAAAGGAUUCAAUUUUAAUUACACCAAGCACUCAAUUGACUGCUAAUGCACGAAUUUACGAUACUCUCAAUCAAGAGGUUACAGCCAAUUGCACGGGUAGUUCUCAAUUGAGAACAUGUCGUUUAGGUAAUAUUCCAUCUGGUUUGAUCACUAUUACUGAUGGAUUGGAUAGUGCUACCACCCCAAUCACCCUUGCCCCAUUUAUCACAUUUGUUUCAAGCCCACUCACAACUUAUGCCGAUGCUUCUGGAGCAAGCCCAAUCCAAAUUACAGGAAAGUUUUUCGAACCAAAUUAUUCAUACAAUGUAACCUAUACAAAUGGAUUUACCAAUCAUUCAGUUACACAAGUUCCAACUUCAAAUACCACAUUUUUAAUUUCAACAGGAUAUAUUGGAAUUGGAGAAAACCUAAAUGUUUCUAUUACAAAGUUUAAUUCAUCGGUUAGUGUAGUAUUGUCAAAUCAAAAUUUCCUAGUUACUAUUUCUCCACCAAAUGUCAUUGACUAUAGAUUCGAUGCACAAACUGUCAACUCUAGUCAAGGUGUACUUUAUUUGAGUAAUCUUUGUGCUCAAAUUGAUUGUGGAAACAAUGCCAUUUCCAUUCUCUUUGGCAAUAAUGGUGGACAAUUCCAAAAUGUCUCAUAUUCAAGACCGACAGUUGCAUUCCCUGUAAAUGAAAACUGGUCUUUUGGACCUGUUGAAGUUAAAGUAGCCGAUCAAGUAUCAGAUAGUUUUUACUUUUCUCCAAUGUUUGCAGAUACAUUAUUAAUUCAAGAUUUGCAACCAAAUCCAUCUAUUUUAGGUGGUAAUAUUACCAUUACUGGUAGAUUUAUGAAAGAAACUGAUACGUUGGGUAAUAAGCCUUGGAAUUUCUUACUUGAAAAAAGAGGUCAUAACACUAUCCAACUUAAUCAUACCUAUCUUUCUAACCAAUAUCCAUUCCAAAUUGAAAUUCAAAUUCCAUCUGGAACUGGAAACUUUAACAUUUUAUAUCAAUAUUCUGAUACCAAUGGAGAUUCAGUAUCUCAACCAUUCCACUUUAAUUUUACUGCACCAUCAAUUUCAAAUGUAUCAACAUUAAAUUAUGAGGAAGCUGGAAAGAUAACGAUUGAAGGUGACCAAUUUGGGGAGACAAAUCUUUUGGUCAAGAUUGGUUCAACUGAAUGUACAAAUGCUACUAUUACCGUUCCAUUAAAGACUAUUGUUUGUAAUUUCGAUGCCAAAGAGUUGCCAACCAACGAUGCUAAAACAUUGGAUGUUAUAGUACAAGUUGAUUUGUUGGUAUCUGCACCAGGCGUAUUUAGUUAUAAAGAUGGUAUAUCCGGAGCAUCAACCAAUACUCCCAUUCAUUUAUUCUUUGUUGCUAUCCUUGUUGUCUUGUUAUUAACUACUAUUUAA